AAGUCACUCACUCACUCCUCACGCGUCUACUCUACUACUUAACACGCGCCCGUGCCAUCCGCCCACUCCUCUCCCACGCACUCCGCAAUUCCGCAUCACGCAGAGGCAGAGCGACCAACCCAGAACCCCACCCCACCGCCCGCAACCGCAAGCUCAGAUUCCCUCCCCACCCCACCCCACCCCACCGUCCCGCUCACUCCAGCCCAGCCCGCGUCCCCACAGCCCAGCGACAGCGGGCACCGGCGGCAUCCAGCCAUGUGCGGCGGCGCCAUCCUGUCGGACAUCAUCCCGCCGCCGCCACCGCGGCGGGUCACGGCUGGCCACCUCUGGCCCGAGAGCAAGAAGCCGAGGAGGGCUGCAUCCGGCAGGAGGGGAGCCCCCGUGGAGCAGCAUGAGCAGGAGGAGGAUUUCGAGGCCGACUUCGAGGAGUUCGAGGUGGAGUCCGGCGAGUCGGAGCUCGAGUCCGAGGACGAGCCCAAGCCCUUCGCCGCCCCCAGGAGCGCGCUCGCCAGAGGUGGACUAAACACUGGUGCAGCUGGUGUCGAUGGCCCUGCUGCAAAUUCAGUUAAAAGGAAGAGGAAGAACCAGUUCAGGGGUAUCCGCCGGCGCCCGUGGGGCAAAUGGGCUGCUGAGAUCAGAGAUCCUCGCAAGGGCGUGCGCGUCUGGCUCGGUACUUUCAACUCCCCCGAAGAAGCUGCCAGAGCUUACGACGCCGAGGCACGCAGGAUCCGCGGCAAGAAGGCUAAAGUCAACUUCCCGGAUGAGGUUCCUACGGCGGUUUCUCAGAAGCGCCGUGCUGCUGGGCCUGCCUCUCUGAAAGCGCCUAAGAUGGACGUUGAGGAGGAGAAGCCGAUCAUCAAGCUCGCAGUGAACAAUAUGACCAACUCAAACGCAUAUCACUACCCUGCCGUCGUCGGCCACAACAUCAUACCCGAGCCAUUCAUGCAGACUCAGAACAUGCCAUUCGCUCCUCUGGUGAAUUAUGCUGCCCUAGUGAACCUGUCUUCAGACCAAGGCAGCAACUCGUUCGGUUGCUCGGACUUCAGCCUCGAGAACGACUCCAGGACCCCUGACAUAACUUCGGUGCCUGCGCCCGUUGCCACCUUGGCCGCCGUUGGCGAGUCUGUGUUCGUCCAGAACACCGCCGGCCAUGCUGUGGCGUCUCCUGCGACGGGGAACACUGGUGUUGAUCUCGCCGAGUUGGAGCCGUAUAUGAAUUUCCUGAUGGACGGUGGUUCAGACGACUCGAUCAGCACUCUCUUGAGCUGUGAUGGAUCCCAGGACGUGGUCAGCAACAUGGACCUUUGGAGCUUCGAGGACAUGCCCAUGUCUGCUGGUUUCUACUGAGGCUGAGGCCCAGCGACUGGUGCUUGUGUACAUAGGGGGGGACAAAGGGAAUAAUGUUCUGGAGAUGAAGAAACGCUUGCGUGGGCGUGCCUGCAGGCACGCGUGUAGUAGCUGCGGUAUUAGUAUAUAUGCUUAGAUGUUCAGUCACUUCCUUUAAGUACAAUUUGGCGCUGGACAUGUACCUUAUUUUACUAUGUAUCCGUGACAACAGCUAUGUGUCUGCUCCUUUUAUUUUCUUGUCUUUGCUUCAAAAAAAUGGCUCUGAACAUUGCGAGUUUGUACUUUGUAGACAAUAUAUAUAUAUAUAUAUGUGUGUAUGUGCUUGGUUUGCUUCA